AAGUUUUCAGAAUGACUUCCUUGGUUGACACGCCCCUGAAUUAUGAAAAGAUGUUUGCUCAUCGAUUCACAUCAGAUGAUAAAGAAUACCAAGAAUAUCUGAAACGCCCUGCAGAUCCCCCUCCUAUAGUUGAAGAAUGGAGAAAUAGAUCUGGUGGCAACCAGAGAAACAGAGAUCGGUUUCAAGAUGGUAGAUAUUUUAGAGGGGACAGAUACAACUGGCAAGGUGACUAUAGAUCUAAUCAGAGGCCAGAAAGAAGUUGGGGUAAUAACUACCAGCAGCACAGACAAGGACAAUCGUACUCUUCCCACUAUGGACAAUACAGCUACAACUCCUACAACCCAGGGCCUCGUUACCAUCCUUACUGAUGAUACUUGUCGUUUGAAAGUCCAGUAAUUUGUGUAACAAAUUGAGUUAGACUUCAGUUUUCUUAUUUUGCCACAGUUGUAACGAUAACUGAAGAGUCAGUAUUACAUUCCAUUGCUGUUUGUUUGUAGUGUAAAUUGAAGAAGGGAAUACCUUUUAUGAAUAAUAAAAGUGUAUUAUACAGAGUUUGUUUAGAGUCUGUAGAUCUUAGAUUAAAUUUCUAUUUCAUAUUCUUUUGUCUGAAUACAUACUAUUACACUUCUUCCAUCACUGCGGUUUCUCUCUUACAUUUUAGAAAGCACAACAGGUUGGGAAGAUAGCUGUGGUUUGUGUGCAGCUUGUAGCAGUGGCACGUUGCCUUAAGAUAGUUCUUUUUGAAAGCGACAUACUGUCUUUCUCUGGAGAGAAUUUCUUAGUUUGGCUUUUGAUAGAAAAGCUUAGUUUGGUUUGAAUUUCAGAUGUCUGAAACU